AUGAGAGAAGUGGCAAACAUUUUGUGGCGGGAAGAAGGUCUCGGCAUUGGAAACAUGUUCUACGUGUUCUAUGAGGACGGGAUUAAAGUUAUUCAGCCGGUGGCAUGUGAAAUACAACGACAUAUUAAGCCCAGUGAGAAGCUGCUUGGGCUGCAGGAAGAGGUGUGCCCCACCUCCCCUGGGGAGACGGUCCAGAGGUGUGUGUGGUCAUCCGCGGUCAACGUCAAGGACAAGUUUAUUUAUGUGACCCAGCCAACCUUAGAUCGAGUGCUCAUAGUAGACAUCCAGUCUCAGAAGGCUGUCCAGACCGUCAGCACUGACCCAUACCCCGCCAAACUGCACUAUGACAAAUCCCACGACCAGGUGUGGCUGCUCAGCUGGGGAGACAUGGAGAAGAACCUCCCAACUCUGCAGGUGAUCAAUCAGGCCAGCGGACGCGUCUCCCACCACACCGUGCACACGCAGCCCAUUGGCCGGCGCUUAGACCGGGUGGACGACUUCUUCAUCCCCUCCUCCAGCCUCAUCAUCAACCACAUCAGGUUUGGCCUCAUCCUGCAUCGAAACGAGCCCGUCCUGCACAAGAUCAACCUGGAGACGGCGUCUUACGUCAAAAACAUCAGCCUGUGGGAGUACAACUGCAUCCCGAGGUCCGUGGCCUACACCCACCUGGGCGGCUACUACUUCAUCAACUGCAGGCCGGACUCCACCGGCGCCACGCAGCCCCAGCUAAUCCUGGACGGCAUCACGGACGCCGUGAUUGGCCAGAACGGAGACGUGACCGGGACGCCGUACGUGUCUCCGGACGGCCGCUACUUGGUCACGGUGGACGACGGCGACGGCCUGAUGCGGAUCCAGACCGUGUCCGAGCGGGGGCGGGUCGGGGAGCCCUUCGACAUCCACACCAACCUGCACCUGUCCGACCUGGCCUUCCAGCGCUCCUUCACCGAGGUCCAGCAGUACAACGUGCUGGGCAGCUCGGGCCGGCAGACGGACGCUCUGUUCGUGGAGCUGAGCAGCGGCAAGGUCAAGAUGAUCAAGAGCCUGAAAGAGGCCACCAAGUCCUCGGACUGGCCGUGGAGCGGCAGGAACCGGGUCAUGGUGGGCAGCGGACUCUUCGGACAGUACCUCAUGACGCCGUCCAGGGAGUCCCUCUUCAUCCUGGACGGGCGGCUGGACAAGCUCAACUGCGAGAUCACGGACGUCCCCAAAGGCAACGUGGUGGUGUGGCAUCGCAAAAUGACCGACUCACAGCCCAGCAGCCAGCUGUUUAUAAUAUCACCUUACGAUCUGAUCACCCGCAUCUACAGCGGUUGCCUGAAGAAAUAUUACUCCUCUUCACCUCACCAGAAGAAUCCCCAGCGAUGGUGGCAGGAUUACAUGCAGGCCUACACACUCCCCUGCCGUCACCGCUGGAUCCCGACGCGUUUCCCUUUUUGGAACAUGAAAACAAGAAUGAACCGGGCUGUGGGAGAGAAAUUAGAAAAAGGAGAAAGUGCAGACGAAGCUCAACAGGGUCACUAA